UCAAGAUUGACGGUACGAAGACAUUAUCUGACUCUGCCGCUCCUGUUUGUUCCAAAUGAGGAAAUACACCGAUUUGAAGGAGAACUCUUAACGAAUGAAGAGAAUGAAGCACUGAUUCCAGACAGACCUCAGCUUCAACAGUCUCAGAAGUACCACCACAAUAUCAUAAGUCCAGAGGAUGUAGCCGACCUUAUCACACGACCAAACAUUAAUGAUACUCUAAUUACUGUUCUUUCGCAGGAUAGCACUUUCUUGGGUAGUUCAUCUCAUAAGCUAGUCAACAUCGAUCCGAGUAAAGCUACAGAACCUGCCAAACUUAGAUUCGCUAAUAUCGGGCUCAGGUGGAUAAGCCUCUUCAACAAGCAGGUGAGGACGCUUUCUGAGUUACCCUCUAGUUCCGAGACUUUCAGCUUCAGUUUCCAGAAAAAACUGGUCAACGAUAUCAUUUCUUCCAAAUAUGCUGAAGUAUUGUCAGAGCCCGAUUUCUACCUUUAUACCAACGAGAACUUGAAAUCUUUCUACGAUUCUUUCAAGGCAUUUACUAAUAGUGAAAGAAGACUUCAUGGCUUGCUUGCUCCUUCAGAGUUGGCACAUACAGUUUUCUUUGAAAAUGUCACAUUAUUCCUCAUAGGCACAACCGAAGUAAGAGAGAGCUCUGCCAACUUUGAAGUUUUGAUCUCGUUUUUAGAGCAAAAUGCCAGUUUCUGUACUUCCCAGAAUCUCCAAGAGAUUUUGGUUCAUCUAAUCCACAACUUGUACGAAUCAAAGCUACCCUCUAUUCAAUCUAAACUUGCAUCCUUUAACGAAUUCUUCGAUAGCCAGGAAUCGCUGGUAGAACAAUCUAAGUUCUUUGGGUUGGAACCCGGGACUUUGGACAAAUUGGCUUUCUUGAUGUCGGUGUCGGGCAAUAUCGACAAAGCGAAUAAGAUUUUGUCGUUUUUGAUAGAGAAGCAUGGUAUAUGCCCCUCUCAGGAUACCAUCAACAUAUUCCUUUCUAACUACCAAAAAAGUAACCGGUCUACUCUAGGCAGAGAGAAGUUUCUUAGAGAACUUUCAUUUCUUAAACCAGCUCUUUGUCAUAGAAGUUUGAGUUCUAUCGAGUUCAGUGUGUUGCUUGAAUACACAGUUAACGACAUACAAGAUUUGCAUCAGUUCAUCAAUUUGGUAACCAGCAACAAAAACGGAACCAAACUCUUGUCUAAAUAUCAGUUGGAUCUCUUGAAAAAACUUCAGGACAUACAGAAAGCUUCACAAUUUACAAAUACAGAAAAGGCACUCCAGUAUACUCAGUUGGUAGUAAGGCUAGUAGAGAGUCAGGUGAAGUUAUCAUCUCAGGCGGUUGAAUUAGUAGAG